CACAUCAAUAUCUAUUUUUUAUAUUUUCUCCAUUUUUGUUACAGUUCUUUACAAAAAGAAGAUGAGGACUACGAGGAUGCACCAUCCAAUAAAACAUGGUUACUCACACGCAAAUUCCAUGAUAAUGAUGUGACAUCUAUUUUAAAUGGACUUCUCAAAGGUUAUGACAACAAGCUCAGACCUGAUAUUGGAGUAAAACCAACAGUAAUUCAUACAGACAUGUAUGUUAAUAGCAUUGGACCAGUGAAUGCUAUCAAUAUGGAAUAUACCAUUGAUAUAUUUUUUGCACAAACCUGGUAUGACAGGCGCCUGAAAUUCAACAGUACUAUAAAAGUCCUUCGACUGAACAGUAAUAUGGUUGGAAAAAUUUGGAUACCAGAUACAUUUUUUCGGAACUCAAAAAAAGCAGAUGCGCAUUGGAUAACAACACCUAACCGAAUGUUGCGAAUAUGGAAUGAUGGAAGAGUACUUUACACACUCAGGCUUACGAUAGAUGCCGAGUGCCAACUGCAGCUGCACAACUUUCCAAUGGAUGCGCAUUCUUGUCCUUUGGAAUUUUCGAGCUAUGGUUACCCAAAAGAAGAAAUAAUCUACCAAUGGAAACGAAGCUCAGUUGAGGUGGGAGAUGUACGCUCAUGGAGACUUUACCAGUUUUCUUUUGUUGGACUAAGAAAUACAACUGAAGAAGUGAAGACAACCUCAGGGGACUAUGUAGUUAUGACUGUGUACUUUGACCUGGCCAGAAGAAUGGGCUAUUUUACUAUACAAACCUACAUACCUUGCACUCUUAUUGUUGUUUUAUCCUGGGUAUCAUUUUGGAUUAACAAGGAUGCUGUUCCAGCUAGGACAUCUUUGGGUAUUACAACUGUGCUCACAAUGACCACUUUGAGUACUAUUGCCAGGAAAUCUCUUCCAAAAGUAUCCUAUGUGACAGCAAUGGACCUUUUUGUCUCAGUGUGCUUCAUCUUUGUAUUCUCUGCUUUGGUUGAAUAUGGCACCCUCCAUUAUUUUGUUAGUAAUAGGAAGCCAAGCAAGGACAAAGAGAAAAAGAAGAAAAAUCCACUUCUCUGGAUGUUUUCAUUCAAGGCACCUACUAUUGAUAUUCGUCCACGAUCGGCAACAAUUCAAAUGAAUAAUGCCACACAUCUUCAAGAAAGGGAUGAAGAAUAUGGGUAUGAGUGCCUCGAUGGAAAAGAUUGUGCCAGCUUCUUCUGCUGUUUUGAGGAUUGCCGAACUGGUGCUUGGCGACAUGGAAGGAUACACAUACGUGUUGCAAAAAUUGACUCCUACUCCCGGAUUUUCUUCCCAACUGCUUUCUGUUUGUUCAAUUUGGUCUAUUGGGUAUCCUACCUUUACCUUUAA